CGUGACCAUUUCCUGCAAAACAAAGCUGACUCCACUCGUUCUCAUGCCACAGCCUUUAAAUCGCUAACCACUAGAGUAGCGUUUUUAUUGGAUUACAGAAAAAUGGCACAGGCUGGUGUUUUCCUUGAACACGAUCAGUUCAACUGUUCGAUAUGUCUGGAUGUUCUCAAGGACCCCGUGACUAUACCAUGUGGCCAUAGUUAUUGUAAAGGCUGUAUCUCGGGCUAUUGGGACCAGGAUGAAUUCAUCUCGCUGUAUGGCUGCCCCCAAUGCAGACAGACAUUUUCGCCAAGGCCUGUACUGGGCAGAAACACCAUGUUGGCUGAUGUCGUAGAGAAACUGAGUAAGACCGGACUUCAGACCGUUCCUUCUGACGACUCGUUAGCCGAACCCGGAGAUGUGGAGUGCGACGUUUGUACAGGACGGAAAAACAAGGCGGUUAGAUCCUGUUUGGUAUGUUUGGCCUCAUACUGCGAGUCUCACGUUCAACCCCACUACGAGUCUCAGGCCUUCAAGAGGCACAAGCUGGUCGCACCCUUCGGAACGAUACAGGAAAAGCUGUGCUCUCGCCACGACAAGCUCCUGGAGGUCUUCUGUCGCACUGAUCAGCGGUGUAUAUGCUCGUUAUGCCUUACCGACGAACACAAAGGUCACGACGCUGUUUUGGCCGCAGGUGAAAUCACAGAAAAGAAGAGUGAGAUUGGAGAGAUGCAGAGAAAAUCCCAGCAAGUUAUUCAGGAGCGAGAGAAAGAGCUGGAACAGCUGAAGCACUCCAUGACGUCUCUCACACUGUCUUCCCAGGCCGCUCUGGUGGAGAGCGAACGCAUAUUUAUGGAGCUGUCUACCUCCAUAGCUCGGAGGCAGUCAGAGCUGAAGGAGCUCAUCCGGGUCCAGGAGAGGUCAGCCAUGGCCCACGCCGAGGACUGCCUCCGGCAGCAGGAGCAGGAGCUUAGCCAGCUCAGGAAGAGGGACGCCGAGCUGCUCCGGCUACUGCAGACGGAUGACCACGUCAACUUCCUCCAGAGCUGCCAGUCUCUCAGUGCACAGCCUGAGCGAGGGGAUGUACUAAACAUCAGAUCAGACCCAAACUUUGGCUCUGUUAUCGCUGCUGUCUCAGAGUUUCAGGCGCUACUCGAAGAUGUCUGCCAGGGUGGAUUUUUCAACAUCUCUGAAAAAGUGAAUGGCGUUGCAAUUCUUGAAAAUCCCAAGCCUAAGUCAGACCUGGAACCAGCAAUGGAACCAGCUGCACAAGCACCUUUCGGCCUAAGUGCUCCUGCCCCAACCACAUUUGGGGUUCCUGUACCUUCUUUUGGUGGAUUCGCCUUCUCAUGUGGUUCGAGACCCUCAAAUUCCAGACUUCGAGUACAACAGAGGAGGAGACGGAGGUAACAAGGACCGAAGAACCACACAAUGGCUGCCAAACUGUACUAUUUCGUUUAGCCGCUAGGAUUGCUGCAUGUUUACUUUGAACAAAAAGAAAAAAAUGUAGUAUUAAUAAUAAUAAUAUACUCCAGUGUUUUGUGGAAAGAGGUCCACACAUCAUACUUAACCAUUAUUUAACCAUUUUAAAGUGAUUUCAUUAUUGUAUUUUUGCAACAUUUUAUCUUUAUUAUUUUAAUGUAAAAAAGAAAAAUAUAAAAUAUGGGACGAUGCUAACAUAGAGCUUUACUGACAUUGAGGUAAUGUCCAACAUGUCAUGCUUUGCACAAUCAUGAUUGGCAGAUAGAUGUUUUAGUUCUGUAAAGUAAUGGUGCUGUUUGUGUUACAUUGCUGCUAGAAAAUGGCAUAAAAAGAAACAAAUAAUGUGAAUAUCUUUUCCAAACGAGUAUCAGGUUUUUAUUUUACAAAGGAAGGUGUUCAGCUGAGAACAUUUUUGGUGACAAAAAAGUUUGUUUUUGAAUAAGUAAAAGAAAAUAAAAGUUUAUUUUAAAUAAAUACAUAGAGAUGUGAA